UGGAGCACAAGUACUUCCAGCAGGGCAUCCUGCUGGCCAUCCUGAUCAACACCCUGUCCACGGGCAUCGAGUACCACAACCAGCCGCCCGAGAUGACCGCCAUUGUGGAGACGAGCAACGUCGUCUUCUCGGGCAUCUUCGCCGUCGAGAUGCUGCUCAAGGUGAUUGCCGAGGGACCGUUCCGUUACAUAGCGAACGGUUUUAUUGUCUUCGAUGGCAUUAUCGUGAUCCUCAGUGCCAUUGAGAUCUGCCAGACGUUCAUGGGCAACGGUACGGGGGGCGGUGGCUCCGGUCUGUCCGUGCUUCGGACCUUCCGGCUGCUCCGCAUCCUCAAGCUGGUCCGCUUCAUGCCCAACCUCGUAAGUGUAUUGCACUAUUCCUACAUUACCGACGGAGUUUGGUAG